AUGUCCGCCUCAAACAACACAAACGCCUGGCUCAAGGCCAAGAAAAAGACCGAGCUCACUGAGAUUGCUGACAAGAUUGGUCUCAAGAGCUACAAGGACCUCAAGAAGAGUGAUCUCGAAGCCGCCCUCGACGACUUCAUUGCCCAGCAUGCCUCGCGCUUCGCUUCCAACCCCGAUCUCGCUGGCUACUUCACCAGCCGCUCCAAGGCUCUCGGUUCGCCUAUUAAGAAGGAAAAGGACACUGUCAAGGAGGAGGUCGAGAAGGGCCUUAAGGUUGCCAAGCGCAGAGUGACCAAAGUUGCUGAAGAGAUUGCUGCCGAGGCCAACUCGACCGCCGUACUUCGCACUCCCGCUCGCAGUCUUUCCCAGGUAGCCUCUCGAGUCCCUCUUCCUGCUUCUCCUGCCGACAUUGCCUUUGCUGUUGACCGCUCCACUGUCGCUAUGCGCAAGCGCGUCGCCUCCAUCUACCAAGAAAGCGGCAUCACUGAAGCCUCUAACGCUACUCGUGAGACUCUCAGCACCGUCACGAGUGUUCUCUUCUCCGUUGCUGCCUUUGAACUCUACUAUAUUCGCCCCGCCAUUCUCGCAAACCGCUUUGCCUUCACUAUCCCCGCCAUUUCCGCCAUUGGUACUAGCGAUUUCAACGUCUACCUCCCCGAUAUGUUCCUGCUCUUGACCUCGAGCUUUUGGUCUCCCGCCCUCACCUGGGUCUUCACUGCCAUUCUGGUCCCAAGCAUCUUUGGCUACUUCUUUAACAUCUCUGCUAACAGCCAUUCUGGCCCCCGCACCCGCGCCCGCGCUCUGAACGAGACCGUCGUUGAUCCACUUACCUUCAGCAUUGCCAAGGCCCUGCUGUCCUACGUCGUCUAUGCCCAAGGUGUUACUUUCUGUGGCCUCCUCUCUGAGUUCUCCGUUGCCCGCCUCAACAACGCCGUAUACGGUGGCUAUCAGGGCAUUCUGGUCGGCACUGCUAUUACUGGGCUGGUCGCUAUUUAUGACGCUGCACUUAAGAAGUAA